AUGUCUCUUCUUUCAAACUGGGGUGGCAUUAAUUAUCAUAUUCAUUAUGACUUUUUAUUUGUUGAUGCCAUCUCUGUAGGCGCAGAAGUUGAUGCUGACGCGGGUAUCAAAGCAGGUCUAGAUGUUGGUGCAGGAAUCAAAGCUGGUCUAGGUGUUGGUGAUGGUGUAGGAAUCAAAGCUGGUCUAGGUGUUGGUGAUGGUGUAGGAAUCAAAGCAGGUCUUGGUCUUGGUGAUGGUGUAGGAAUCAAAGCUGGUCUAGGUGUUGGUGAUGGUGUAGGAAUCAAAGCAGGUCUUGGUCUUGGUGAUGGUGUAGGAAUCAAAGCUGGUCUAGGUGUUGGUAGGGGAGCGAGAAUCGGAAAUGGUUUGAUUAUUGGUCGUGGUGGUUAUCGAAAUGUACGCAAUCUUUUAAUAGGCAAAGGAUUGGGUCGUUUAGCUCGUGGUACAACCAGUGCCAAAAGAGGUGGAGAAACAAGUGGUGGUAGUGGUGGUGUUGAAAGUUCAAGAACCGUUAAAAGAGAAGUAAUCAGAGAUCCAGGUCAAGAAGAUUCUGAGGAAACAGUGCAACGCAAGAAAAUUGUCAAAACAAGAGAGAUCAGAGAAGUUCCAGUGGAAGAUUAA